GCCCAGGCCAUGUGAGAACACAGACAGAAAUGAACUUGCCCCAGGCCCAGGCAGAGAGCAGACGGCGGGGGUAGCCAGGCCGGGUGAGGGGAUGGCGGGUAGGGACUGGCAGGGCACGGCCCCCCAGCAGUGUGUGUGCAUGUCUGCAGCAAGGGUGGCUGCUUGGGGGUGUGGCUGUGUCGUGUACGCGGAGCACAUCUAGGUGAGCACCACGGGGAGGUCCAACCAGAGCGGUAGGUGGGGGAGGAGAAAGAGGGUGGGGUGUUCUUGGCUCCCACAGGCCCCCAGGAAGGAAGUCACUUACUGGGGUGCAAUUAGCCCUGCCCAGCCUCUGGCCCGCACUCUCCCUCCCUGUCCGUCAUCUCCGGACAGCGGCUGCCCUAAAGAGGAGGGGUGUACCCCAGCUUUGACCCCAAAGAGGGACAGGGCGGAGCCUGGUCUCAGUUUCUCCAGUCACAGGGCCCCUGUGCCGAGAACCUGGGCCACCAGGCUGGCCCCUGAGUGGAGGCUACGUUCACUGUCGCCAGGCGCAGAGGACACUCGUGGCCACCCCACUAUGUUUUUGGCGUCUACCACCUCCGCAGUGCCUGGGCCCCUCUCCCUGCUCAGCAACAGCAGCCAGGAGCAGCCCCUGGAUGCCCGGGACCCACUGCUAGCGCGGGCUGAGCUGGCCCUGCUGUCCACUGUCUUUGUGGCUGUGGCUGUGGGCAACGGCCUGGUCCUGGGGGCCCUGGUCAGGCGGGGCCGGCAUGGACGCUGGGCGCCCAUGCACGUCUUCAUCGGCCACUUGUGCCUGGCUGACCUGGCAGUGGCUCUGUUUCAAGUGCUGCCCCAGCUGGCCUGGGACGCCACCGACCGCUUCCGAGGCCCCGAUGCCCUGUGCCGGGCUGUCAAGUACCUGCAGAUGGUAGGCAUGUAUGCCUCCUCCUACAUGAUCCUGGCCAUGACGCUAGACCGUCACCGCGCCAUCUGCCGCCCCAUGCUGGCCUACCGCCACGGGGGCGGGGCUCGCUGGAACAAGCCGGUGCUGGUGGCCUGGGCCUUCUCACUGCUCCUCAGCCUGCCACAGCUCUUCAUCUUUGCCCGGCGCGACGUGGGGGACGGCAGCGGGGUCUUCGACUGCUGGGCACGCUUUGCAGAGCCUUGGGGCCUCCGUGCCUAUGUCACCUGGAUCACCCUGAUGGUGUUCGUGGCGCCAGCCCUAGGCAUCGCUGCCUGCCAAGUUCUCAUCUUCCGGGAGAUCCAUGCCAGCCUGGUGCCAGAGCCAUCUGAGAGGGGGUGCCGCAGAGGGCACCGGACAGGCAGCACCAGAGAGGGUGCACAUGUGUCGGCAGCCAUGGCCAAGACCGUGAGGAUGACACUGGUGAUCGUGAUCGUCUAUGUGCUGUGCUGGGCGCCUUUCUUCCUCGUGCAGCUGUGGGCGGCGUGGGACCCCCAGGCGCCUCGGGAAAGUGGCCCCCCUUCGUGCUGCUCAUGCUGCUGGCCAGCCUCAACAGCUGCACCAACCCCUGGAUCUACGCAUCCUUCAGCAGCAGUGUGUCAUCGGAGCUGCGCAGCCUGCUCUGCUGUGUCCGGGGCUGUGCCCCGCCUGGCCUGGGGCCCCAGGAUGAAUCCUGCACCACCGCCAGCUCCUCCCUGGCCAGGGAAGCUUCCUCCUGAGGAGUCAGUGGGUGCUGGACUUCUAGGCCCCCAAAGCUCAGCUGCCUGCCUGGGGCUGGCCCCAGGGCCCUGUUGCUGCCACACAGUGUGGCCCUGGCCCGAACCCCUUUUGGCCUUACUGACCCCGAGUGCACAAGGAGGCCUUGGGGCUCCAAGACUGUGAGGGGCCCCUUAGGUGAGCUCCUUCAUGCAGGCUAUGGGGACAGAUGGGGGUCUCGGGUGGCAGGUGACAAGGGCAAAUGCCUCCGUGGAGCCUUUGACAUAGAGGUUCACAGGAGCCAGACAGGGAGGACCUCUCUGUCUGUACCUCCCUAGUCCUUCCCUUCUCUGUCCCUUAUUAAAAUCACAGUUCAUUUUUCCAUACCA